GGUUUAAGCUAGCUUGUAUUGAAACUGAACUUUCUUUUCGUCAACUUCUCUUAUAAUCCCAAAAACAACUCUACAGAGAGAGAGAGAUUUGAGAGUGCUGACAUUUGGAAAUAGUCCUAGAAAUGGGGCUCGGUGCUAACCUGCGCAGGGAGGUGGCGUUUCCAUUGUUGUUAACGCUAUGGCUUUGGCGAUAUAUUCAAGUGAGUGAAGGGAUAUGGUUAAAUCUGCCGGCGACAGGAACAAAGUGUGUCUCUGAGGAAUUGCAUUCCAAUGUUGUUGUUUUAGCCGAUUAUGUUGUCGUUGCUAAUGACCAUUCUCUUGUCCCCACUAUCUCUAUCAAGGUUACGUCACCCUAUGGGAACAAUCUUCACCACAGGGAGAAUGUGACACAUGGUCAAUUUGCAUUCACAACUCAUGAAGCUGGCAACUAUCUGGCAUGUUUCUGGAUGGAUAGCCAUCCUAAAGGAAGUGGAGAUAUAAGUGUUAAUCUUGACUGGAAAACUGGAAUUGCAGCUAAGGAUUGGGAAUCAGUUGCAAGAAAAGAGAAGAUUGAGGGUGUUGAACUUGAGCUGAGGAAACUUGAAGGAGCAGUGGAGGCCAUCCACGAGAAUUUACUCUAUCUCAAAAGCAGAGAAGCAGAGUUGAGGACAAUGAGUGAGACAACAAAUGCUAGAGUUGCAUGGUUUAGUAUCAUGUCUUUAGGUGUCUGCAUUCUGGUCUCAGCUCUGCAGUUGUGGCACUUGAAGCGAUUCUUUCAAAAGAAGAAGCUUAUCUAGAGUAUAAGAUAGUGAUGAACGGAACAACACAGAAUAAGCAGUUGCAUCAAACUUCUUUAGGCAGUAAGAAAAUGCAGCACCUCCUAAUAUCAUCUUCAUCCCAAAGAGUAAAACAAAGCACUCAUGAGGUAAUGAGUAAAAGGGGAAUGGCACAAGCAAGUAGCAGGUUACCUUUUUGCGUUGUUUUCUUACCUCACUACCCUGCUGAAAUUGACUGGAGAAUUCCAAAGAUGCCUAACCUAAGACAUAGCUAUAUUUUCAACUAUCAUUCUAUAAGCAAUCUUAAAGCUUUACAUUCAUACUUUA